CACACCAAUGAUGAAAUGAAAACCAAUCAAAAUGCGGGGACAAUGACUGGAAAUGACUUGAGGUACCUCGAUACUCGUCCAUAUUUGGACCGCACUGUAGUUCCUGUUUUAAUGCAAGGAUUAACUCUGAUCGCAAAAGAAAGACCCCCAAAUCCCAUUGAAGCUCUUGCACAAUUUUUACUUCAGCACGCCGAAAAUAGCGAAUCCUAA